UCUUUGCCAUACCGGCAAUGUAAAUAGUAAACAAAAGGCAAUGCUGCAUUGCGAUGUGAGAUAUUGAAAGUGUGUGAAGACGAAGCCGAGUUUUACUUUAAAUUAGUAGUCAGUUUUUCCCAAAGACAUGGUCUGGAAGCCAACGAAGCCAAUGGUGAUACUGAGCGCUAUAGGAACAGCAGUUGGAGGUUCACUGUUCAUCAAAGAAUAUACUGGAGGUCCUAAAUACGAAAAUAAAACACGUGCUGAUGGCAAGGUAGUAAUAAUUACCGGUGCUAACACAGGAAUUGGGAAGGAGACAGCUCGAGAACUUGCACUCCGAGGAGCCACUGUUGUCAUGGCAUGUCGUGACAUUCAAAAGUGUGAAAAGUCAAGACAUGAAAUCGUUCUCGAAAGCAAGAAUAAGUAUGUAUAUUGCAGAACAUGUGACUUGGCAUCGUUAGCAUCUAUUCGAAAAUUUUGUGAAAGAUUUAAAAAUGAGCACAAAAGACUUGAUAUACUAAUCAACAAUGCUGGAGUAAUGAGGUGUCCUCUUUCAAGAACUAAAGAUGGAAUUGAAACACAGCUUGGAGUGAAUCACAUGGGUCAUUUUUUAUUGACUAACUUGUUGCUAGAUAUAAUCAAGGCUUCUGCACCAAGCAGGAUAAUUAAUAUAUCAAGUAUAGCACACAAACGAGGAAAAAUAAACAUAGAAGAUCUAAACAGUGAGAAACAGUAUGAUCCUGGAGAAGCUUACAAUCAGAGCAAGCUGGCAAAUGUGCUUUUUACAAAGGAACUCGCAAAGAGACUGGAAGGCACAGGUGUGACGGUAAAUGCUGUGCACCCUGGAAUUGUUGAUACAGAUAUAACUCGGCAUAUGAGCUUCUAUAAUAGCUCCAUCUCAGCCAUUUUUUUGAAACCAUUUGUGAAAUUGUUUAUUAAAAGUCCAAGGAAAGGGGCACAAACGACAAUUUAUGUUGCAUUGGAUGAGUCUCUACAGAAUGUUUCAGGAAAAUAUUUUAGUAACUGUAAGGAAGAAGACGUUGGACCUCAAGGGAAAGAGGAUGUAACAGCCAAAUGGCUGUGGCUAGUUAGCGAGAAGUGGACAAAACUAAACAUUUGACACAUCAGUGAUAUAUCUUUAGUGUCAGAUUUUAAACUGUGUAUUCAUGAAAGCUUUUAUUAUAUGUAAAUAAAUGCAAUAUAAUAUUUUGUGCUUAUUUCUUCAUUAUUUGAAAUACUCUCUGAAAUUAUUAUUCAAAUAAUAAUGUGAUAAAAUUUUGUAUUCAGGAAAGUCGUAAAUGGCAAAAUUGAUCCAUGGAAGACAGAGGGUUGUUGCUGAAGAAAAUUAUGGCAGCACAUAUAGAAAAAAAGAUGAUGAUAUCACUAUAAUCUUCACAGAGAGUGUAUUGUGUCAUGUCUUCAGUAAAAUGUAUUAGGUUUUGGCAUUCCAGGAGUCACGGCUUCUCUACAUCUGGUAGGAAAUACUUACAGAAGGCCUAGUUUUUAGACCUUUGGAUUUUUCUUAAGGAUAAAUGGAAAACAUGAAAUUGGUGGAAGCAGGGAAAGGGGGAGGGGUAGUGUGUUCUAAUCAGGCAAGGAACAUUGUUCCACAAGGUUGUCUCUAGUGACAUGUUUCUGUUUGUUUCUGUCAGCCAUAUUAUGAAUUAAAACCCCGGAAGGUAAAUAUAGACCCACCCAACUUUCUUUAUGUUAAUUUGAAAUAGACAUACUUGAUUUUUUUGUUCAUUAAUGGAAGAUAAUCAUCAUACUUAUAAUAUAAAUAAUUUGAUAGUG